GAGUGUGACGCGCGCCGCACCAUUGAAAAAAUUAUAUCAUCGCGUUGAAAGCUGACUUAACAUUAGAACUGUGAAUCGUUAACAAGUAGUUUUAUGACUCGGUUCUGUUUACAUUUGGACGACAACAUCGCUCGGCAAGUUAUCAAUGAUAGUGAUUGCAGUUUUUACUAAGGCACUAGGCCCUAGAUUAGUGCUCACGAUGACGAGAUUUCUGAAGAGUGAUUGUUAUUAAACAAAUCCUAGAGCGUUUUGUUUCCGAUAUCGAUAGCGCGGCUGCUAGACAAAGUUGGAACAUUCAACUCUAAGCAGUUUUAGUUUGGUUUUAUUUUCCCUAAGCUGAGACGCAGAAGAGUUUCUCUUCUAAUGGCAACAGCAAGCAGUAGCUCCGUGAUCUGAACGGUUGGACUCGCUACAUCCAAUCGGAUAAUAGUUUCCUAGAAAAUAAGGCCUUGUAACUUUGAAGGUACAGUUCAAACCGAGACAUAUUGGCGACUUAGUUGUGCGAGGUUUGGAAUACGUUAUCCAAACAAAGAAGUGUAGAGUCGUGAGUCGUGAUUCGGUCGGAUCCCGUUUAAAUUGUGUGAGUUUCGUGUGGUGUCGUCAUGGUGAUCGCGGGAGAUGCUAAAACCAGGGAGGAAGAUGAGCGGACUCCUUUGCUCAGGCCAGUAGCUGAAGAGAUUUCUGGAUCCGGUGUGCCACCUCGACGGUAUGCUCUUAUUGAACCACUGGGAAUCAUGCUAUGCAUCGGGUGGGCUAUGGCGGGUAUCGUACUGAGCAACCAACUCAUCUACCAAACCUGCGUGUACCAGGGCUACGACCGGGAUGACUGCGAGCUGCUGGGAACGAAUUCCACCUCCCCGGAAAUCAUUGCCCUCGAAACGGCCGUCCAACCCAGAGCAGCCGAGGUCACCAUGGCCUGCAAUACCUUGAUUGGGGUGGUACCGGCCAUCUGUGGCCUCUUUGCCGGACCAUGGUCCGAUAGAUUCGGAAGAAGAUCGGUGCUUAUAGUACCAUGCGUGGGAUUCAUGAUAACCUACAUUGCCACCGCGAUAGUUUACUACAUGGCACUUACAGUUCCGUUGAGUCCGUAUUGGUACGUGAUUGUUUCCCUCCCGGCAGCCUUUUCCGGGGGCAUGAGCGUGCCAAGUGCUGCGAUGUACAGCUAUCAAACAGAUGUGACACCCGAAACACAACGAGUCGUGCGUAAUGGUCUGCUUCAGGCUUCGACGUUGACAGGAGCGUUCAUAGGAAUGAUGUCCAGUAGCUACGUUCUGAAGUGGACCGAUGCAGGAACGGUCUUUAGUCUGGGUGCCGUCGUUAUGCUGUUCUGUAUUUUCUACGUAACGUUUGGCAUAGAAGAUACAGUACGCACCAGAGUAAGCGAUUCUGAACUCAGCGGAUGUCGCAAAUUUCGGGAACUUUUCAGGGUGGAUAUGCUUCGGGAAAUGUUUUGGACAUUCGGAAGACCUCGACCGGGUUAUGAUCGGGCCAUCAUUUGGCUGACGGUCGUUGUCGGUGCUGUGACAGUGCUCGGUGCUGGUGCCACAAACGUGUUCUAUCUGUACACCAGAAUGAAAUUCAACUGGACCCUCAAGGAUUUUACCAUGUGGCAGUCAGCAGACUUUCUUUCUACCAUCAUAGGGAAUACCCUAGGAAUCUUGGUGCUGAAACAUCUAUUCAAACUCCCUGAUACGGCUAUUGCUUUUCUCUCGGUGCUCUGUUACACGAGUGACAAUUUCAUCAAAGGCCUAGCUAGCCAGGGUUGGCAAAUUUAUUUUGCUACCGGUAUUUCUUCGUUCAAAGGAACCGAAGGUCCGGCCAUGAUGGCUAUUUCCUCUACUCUGCAGCAGGUCGGACAAAUAUCGAAGAUCUUUUCAAUGGCUUUGGCAUUGACGUCGACGGUUCAACUGGCCGCUAAUCCACUUUUUACCUGGAUCUACAACAAUACACUGACAACCCAUCCGGAGCUGUUCAAUUUCGUGGCGUCAGCAAUAUUUGCUUUAAACUUUACGUUUGUUGGUGCAAUCUAUGUUUUGAUGAAGAAACGGCCAGUGAAUACACCACGUGAUAUUAUCGAACGAAGCGCGGAUAUCGACCAGUGACUUUUU